AUGAAGGGCCUCCUUGUUCCUGAUGGCGGAACGCCGUUUACUCGUUGGAAAGCACUCGGGCGUAGUACCCGUCCCUCGCUUUCAUACAUCUUGAUAGGCAUCGCAUUCUUCGCAAUCAUGUAUCUUCACACAUCAUUUGGCCAUAACCCCAUAUUCCCCACCUCCCAGUUUGCAACUUUCCACAAAUGCUCAGUCAACACCUAUCUAUCCACUGGCCUGCACUUCCUAGACUCAGCACAACCACCACCACUAGAAGAAUAUGUGCUUCGACGCAACAACCUCGCCAAAGCGCUUGUUGCCGAAAGCGUGGAUGCAUUCGUGGUAGAACCAGGGUACACAUUCAGCUACUACGUAAACGUGACCCAGCAAGACUGGGAGCCCUGGGAACCCGAAGAACGUCCAUUCUUAAUGGUCAUCCGGCCCCAGACGCUGGAAGAUGGGAACAUCGUGGCUAACACGUCGUUCUUGGUGCCGAGUUUUGAAGAGACGCGUGCGAGGCUGCUUAACAUGCCCUUUGAACAUGGUAUCCAUACGAUUACGUAUCAAGAACAUUGGGAUUACUACACCACGCUUUACCUGUCAGAGAUCUGGGGGGAGAAGCUAUCGCCCAAACUCAUGGUUGACGAGGAAAUACGCGACUUUAUUCAACGCGGGCUGGCGUCGAAUGGCUUUGUUGUCUCGGGUUUGGCCGGCGAAGUCGAAGCUGUGCGACAAGUCAAGACGGAGCGUGAAAUUGGCAUUUUGAAGGCUGCUAAUACAGGGACGGUGGAAGCUAUUCGUGCCAUGAGACAGUGUCUCUACCGCGGUGUGACGGAGAAUGAGGUCAGACAUGUGUUGGACGAUACGCUACGAGCCGCUGGGCUCGACCCGUUCUUUGACAUUGUGGAGUUUGGAAAGAGCGCUGCCUUGCCACAUGGCGGGUAUGACGGGAGCAGGAAGUUGGAUGCUGGCAUGUUUGUCCUCAUUGAUGUUGGUGCAAAGUUAUAUGGGUACAGUUCGGAUGUGACUCGCACAUUCUACCCACCCUUUGAACCAGCGCCGCCAGUGACGUCGGAACACAAUACAACUGAGCAGCUAGAAGUUUGGCAGCUCGUGCUAGAUGCACAGGCAGCUGCUGCCAAUGCAAUGGUACCGGGCUCGUCGGCCGCCUCGGUGGAUAUUGCCGCACGCGACAUUAUCCAAGUUGCGGGCUACGGCGAUUACUUUACCCACCGUCUGGGACAUGGCAUCGGCAUCAAGGCGCACGAGAGUCCAUACCUUAACAAAGGCAACUCCUUAGCCAUACUACGCCCAGGCAUGGUCUUCACUGCCGAACCUGGUGUUUAUCUUCUCAACAAAUUCGGCGUGCGUCACGAGGAUGUCCUUGUAGUCAGGGAAAAUGGAGAGGCGGAAAACAUCAGUGGUGGGUUUGCAAAAGGACCGUGGCAGCCUUGA